AUGGACUCGUGCCGGGCGCUGCGCGUGCUCUCGCUGCUGGUGUUGGUGGCCGCCGCUGCCGGUCAGGUGCCCUUCCUCGGCAGCUGUCCGCGACCGCCCAUAGUCGGCAACUUCGAGCCGCAGUUCUACCUGGGCCGCUGGUACGAGUACUCCAAGUACUUCACCGUCUUCGAGGUGGGCCGCAAGUGCAUCCAGGCAGUGUACUCGGACGCCGGCUACGGCCGGAUCGGCGUCACCAACCGCAGCAUCAAGGUGCUCGGCGGCACGCGCAGCGACAUCCGCGGCGUGGCCAAGCCGGUCGGCCGGCCCGGCCAGGCCAAACUGCGCGUCAACUUCGAGGGGUGCGUGCCCAGCUUCGGCAGCGACGCCAACUACAUCGUACUGGACACGGACUACACGCAGUACGCCAUCGUCUGGUCGUGCUCCAGCCUGAAGCUGUUCAACACGCAGCUUCUGUUUGUGCUGACCCGCGAGCAGUUUCCCAGCCCGUACCUGGUCAAACACAUCAUGAAGCGGAUCCGUCACUUCGGCCUGGACACGGGAAAAUACAGAAGACCGACCAGAAAAACUGUCCAGUAG